AUUUUUAUUCCUGUCUAUGAAAUAAUCCUGUCUAAAUGACAAAAUCCGUAAACAAUUCUUUAUUGAGAUGACAAUUUUAAAUUUUAACUUAUACGCGCAAUAUGUUGAUUUUCUGUGGAAGAUGUUCAUUCAUAAAAUCUCCAAGUAUUCAAAAUUUACAAAAUUUAUGUCGUAAUCCCCAAUAUCGGGAGUUCUGCUGUGAUAAGGGUAAAAAAGCCGAUUUAGCAAUAAUUGGAGUAGGACCGGCUGGUCUCUUUGGAUCCCUUAGAGCUGCACAAAAUGGUAUUAAACAUAUCGUGGUCAUAGACAAAUAUCCCACUAUGGGUGGUACAUGCAUAAAUUAUGGAUGCAUCCCAACAAAAUGCUUGAUGAAGUUUUCUCAUUCUUACAGCCAGGUUAAGUCUGGAUUUCUCGCCCUUCAAGGAGUUAUCACCUCUGAACCGAAACUGGAUCUGGAUCAGAUGAUGAGGACCAAAGCAAAAGUGAUGAAAGAACUGAGCGACUACAUGCAGAACUUGUUCAAAAGUCAAGGUAUACACAUUGUAAGGGGAAACGCUCGGAUAUGCGGCUGCAAUCAAAUCUCAGUAGACGGAAACGAUGGAAAACAAUCAGUCAUAGAGGCUGAGAACAUUCUCAUCGCCACUGGUUCGGUUAUACGUCAGUUUCCUGGAAUAGAGAUCGACGAGGAACGAAUAGUUUCUUCGACUGGUGCUAUUAAUCUGAAAGAAGUCCCUAGGCGAAUGGCAAUUCUUGGAGCUGGCAUCAUAUCCAUAGAAAUGGGAUGUGUCUGGUCGAGGUUAGGAUCAAAAGUGUCUAUAUUCACCCAGGAUCAGAUCAUCAUCGGCAAUAAGUUGGAUAAGGACAUAAGAGAUAAGUAUCAGAAAAUAUUAGAAGAACAAGGACUGAAAUUCAUAUUUGGAAAAAAAGUCUUGUGUGCUGUAAAGUGCGAUAAUUGCGUGAAAUUUCAAAUAGCGGACAAAGAUGACAAGAACAAGGAGGAGUUAGAGUGUGACGUAUUGAUGGUAGCUGUCGGAAGGAUCCCAUACACUUGCGGCCUCGGACUGGAGAGGGUCGGCAUUGAAACAGACCAAGCGGGAUUCAUCCCUGUGCAGAAAAAUUAUCAAACGUGUGUUCCAAAUUUCUAUGCUGCUGGAGACGUAACUCUUGGACCUAUGACGGCUCACAAGGCUAUAGAAGAUGGGAUUUUAAUGGUAGACGGUUUAUGCGGUAGGGAGGUGAGCCUAGACCUCAAUAACAUUCCCAUGGCCAUUUACACCCAUCCCGAAGCAGCUUGUGUUGGUAAAACUGAAGAAGAGUUGAAAAAGGAGAAUCAUCCAUAUAGGGUUUCUUGGUCUACCUUCAAAACUUGCGCAAGGGCACGAACAGAUUUGGAUACUACUGGUUAUAUAAAGGCGCUCAUUUGCGCUAAAACAGAUCGUAUUUUAGGUACCCAUAUAAUAGGAGAUCAGGCUGGAGAAAUAAUCAAUGAAGUUACUUUAGCACAACAGUAUGGUUUGACAGCCGAGCAUGUAGCGAGAGUCGUCCAUGCCCAUCCCACGUAUGCCAAAAUGUUAAAAACCACCUUUUCUCAUUGAUUGGACCCCAGAGAAAUAAAUGGUGUGAUAAAAACA